AUGGUGAGAAGUCUAUUCAAUAUUUGUUUGUCAUCGCUAUGUCAAAAUGAGCUGAGUGACGAUCUGGCUUAUAUGCCAGCUGAAUGUAAAGAGCGACUCCUACAGUUUUUCGCCAGUCAUGACCAGCUUUCCACAUCAGAUUGUGAUCGUCUCAUAUGCUCCCCAUAUUUUGGAACGAAUCUCUCAGAGCUAACAUUCUUUCUUACACAUGAUCUCACAGACAACAUGUUGAGGGCAUUAACCGUUUUAAAUAAACGAUUGACCAAAAUCACUCUUGUGGAAUGUACAAAAGUUACAGAUCAAGGAAUUCAAUGGGCUACUAUGUCUCAGCAGCAGUUACGAGUUGUUGAACUUCGCUCUAUGCAUCUGACAGAUGAAAGUUUGAAAGAGUUAAAUGCUCGCAAUCUUCAUACAUUAGAUUUAAGUGGAUGUGGAAAGUUUACAAGCAUCGGAUUGCGAGAUGUUCUCAUUCGACAUCAAAACAUCCAAUCGUUAUACUUGAACCACUGCUCAUCUUUAGACGACACCGCCUUAUAUUACAUUGCUGAACAUGUGGGAGACCGUCUUCAGGUCCUUCAAAUGGACUUCCCUUCAAGUCUCUUACAUCCAGGAGCUUCUCUCAAUCACCUGUCGUUAUUGUGUCCCAACUUGAGCCAGCUUUCAAUUGCUCGUUUUUUCAACGAUAAUUAUGAAGGUGAUCAUAUUCAACCAGAGCAAUGUAAGAUUGAUGGAAUCAACUUAAGAGACGUUGACUUAUAUGGAAACUAUUUCUCAUCAUUCCCUCUACUACCUCCUACAGUGUGUUCUCUUCGAAUCUCCUUAAGCGGGAAUGAAAAUCCUGCUGAAAUAGUGGAGUGCCUUGAAACGCAGCCUUACUUAGAGUCUAUCAACUUACAGUUAACUGUACAAGAUGGCAGCAUUGCGUCUAUAGACAAUGCUAAUAACUUAUUAUCAUAUAUCAUGCCUUUCUUAGGACCUAAGAUUACAAUUCUUCAGGUAUCUGUAAGUCGCCUUUUUGAUGAAGCCUUACGACUAAUACUGGAUAACACUCCGAAUAUGACUCAUCUGGCUUUAGCCGUGAACCAUCUUAACACAAACAUUCUCCAAAGAUAUUUUGCAGGUGGAAGCAAGUCUAGAGGCUCUACUCUCCAGUCCUUGAAGAUAUGCCGUAUGCGAAUUACCUAUAGGAUUUUGUUUGCUAUUGCGAAAGGAGCAAAAAAUCUCGUGGAUUUGGAAACGUCGCAUAUGAGUUCAAUCGAUGAUCGAUUCAUCAGUCUUUUGGGUGAUAACUGUCGAAGGUUGCAAACAGUGAACUUCAAUGGAUGCCGAUGGGUCACAGAUAAAGGAAUUUGUAACUUAGCGAAGCGCUGUCCUCUACGUGAAGUUCGAAUUCGAGGAACUGCUUGCACAGACAAGUCAGUAUACCAACUUGCUCAGUUUUGUCCUGAUUUAGAAUGGAUAUCAUAUGCUGAUUACUCAGGACGACCUAAGUUCACUGAAACUGCAUUGCAGUGCUUGCGCGAUUCCUGCAUACAGCGUGUCAUCUGCUAG